UCAUUGACAAGAAACAUGAACCUCCUUCAGAAAUAUUUGAUUAUACGAAUAUUUACAUUUGGAGUUUCAGCUCAAGGCAUCAAAGCGGAAUGCAAUUUGAAUCCGUGCGAAGUAUUGGAGAUGUUUACAGUGGGACGCCGCGGAGAACAAAGGAAUGGCGGAGUCUGCGCCGAGGAUAUCCACUGGAGGCAGUUAGACAGACGAUUACGUGCCAUUGAACAACCCGCUUGGACUGUAAGUACGGGACAGUCUCGAUGGCGUCAGUGUGCUAAGAGUGCAUGUCGAUGUGACGCCGUGCACCGCUCCCUCAACUGUUGGAGAGCUGGACUUGUAACUCUUACUCCUGAUAUCAUCGUACCAGCUGACCUGCAUACCAUUGAUUUGGGCACUAACAAACUUCGCACUCUUCACAAGACUACAUUUAAAGAAAUGCGUUCACUUACAGAAUUAGACAUGUUCGACAACCAUUUGGAAUACUUACCUACGACUAUAUUUGAUUCACUUAUCAAUUUGAGAAUAUUACGUUUGCAAAGGAAUUAUCUAGAAGAAAUCGACAGCGAAACAUUUCGUUGGGCUAAAAAACUUUUCCACGUUGACUUGUCCAAUAAUUUAUUGCAUACGUUACCUGAACGCCUCUUCAGUAAUAAUUCUUUUCUGGAGACCUUAGAUAUAUCAAACAAUCAAAUUAUAUAUAUACCCUCAGAUACUUUUGUCGGUCUGGAAUCUAUUCUUACGUUAGAUCUAUCGAAGAAUAAAAUACUGCGCAUUGAAAACGGGACAUUUCCAUUGAAAAAAUUACAAGUAUUAAAAUUGUCUGAAAACAAAAUAAGUAAUAUCACCGAUAAUGCUUUUAAAAGUCUCUUUUCCUUAGAAACUUUGCUAUUAUUUAAAAAUAAAUUGAAGAAAAUACCACCAAAGUUAUUUCAUAAUCUACACUCUUUGACGUUUCUGGAUUUAUCUAAUAAUAAUCUAAUAACUUUCACAGGUUUGGAAUUUCAAAACCUCCAUUUGCUUCGUCAUCUUGACUUGAAGGAGAAUUUCUUGACGCAAAUUCCUAACAAUACGUUUGCAAAUUGUACGAAUUUGGAGACUUUAGAUAUAUCAAAGAACAAACUGCGAUUUUUGAACGAGUCGACAUUUCACGGACUGGAUAAGCUUGUUUCACUCGUACUUUCUGAAAAUCAACUCUACGAAGUUCAUUUCAUGACAUUUUCAACAUUGAAGAAUUUAACAACACUAUAUAUAGACAACAAUAUGUUUCCGUCGCUACCGUCUCGCACGCUCGACUAUAUGCCAAAGUUGGAAAAUGUGAAGUUAUCAAAUAACCCUUGGCAUUGCGACUGUCACGCUCUCUAUAUAUCAGCUUGGGUACGCUUGAAUGAAAUGAAGAUUUGGGACUACUCUCCAACUUGUAUAUCACCCUGGUACCUGGAAGGUCAUUUCUUAAAGAAACUAAAGUUCCCCGAGCUGUGUUCUGGGCAGUGGGCGAGCAUGGUCAACUUAUCACCACGUCUACCGAUGCAACAACUCUUAGCUCUUAAUGUUACCGUCAAUAGAAAACCUCAAGGCAGUAUUGACGACGGCCACGAAAUUUCUGAAGAUCAAUGGGAAUCAAUUUAA